AUGAAACUCAUCAAGCAAGUGAAAGGAAAUGGUAAUAACUCUGAGCAAAUCACUCUUCUUCCUCAGGAUAAAGAAGAUUUGUUCAGUCUUUAUAACGUCAUAAAUACGGACGACGAAUUGAUCUUUAAAAAGCUUGUGACAGACAAGGUUGAUAGCUCAGGAAAGAAAAAAAACACUGAUCUCGUUAGAUUACGCUUAAAAGUUGUUUCUUCUGAGUUUGAACCUCAACAUGAAUUUUUAAGAUACAAAGGAGUCACCACGGAAGAUGACACCGGCAAAGCCAACAUCGAUGUUCCAACUGGCAAAUUCUUCAGUUUUACAAUAAACUAUAAAUAUCCUUUCACUUUGAUUAAGGAGGAUUAUAAUACUUUUGUGGCCAAGCAACUGAAGGAUGCUUGUACCCCAGAAAGUCGUUCGGAUAUUGCUGCUGUUUGCUUGCAGGAGGGGAUUUCUCACAUAUGUUUAUUGAGUUCUUUCAGUACGAUAUUGAAGAACAAAAUCGAGUACAGCCUACCGAAGAAAAAGAGAAGCACUGAUGCUGCAAAAUUCGAUGAAAAAAUCGAGAAAUUCUACAAAGGGACGUACGAAUCUAUGAAAAGACAUUUCGAGUUUGAGAAACUCAAAGUUAUCAUUUUAUGCUCGCCAGGUUUUUAUGCCAAAAAUCUUUUCGAUAAAGUGAUGCAGUACGCACAGGAAGAUAAUAAUAAAAUAAUACUGAACGCUAGGCCAAGAUUUUUGGUAGCUCACUGUUCUACAGGUUAUCUGCAGGGGAUAAGUGAAGUCUUGAAAAACCCAGCAUAUGUUUCCAGGCUUCAAGACGCCAGGAACUCAAAGGAAGCGCUAAUCAUGGAUGAGUUCCUACAACACCUUAACAAUGAUGAUUUCAAGGCGUGGUAUGGUCAGGCAGAGGUGGCGAAAGCUUCCGAAAUGGGUGCGAUUGAUACACUACUUAUCACUGACGGGUUGCUACGCGCGAACGACAUCAAAGUAAGGAAAAGCAGCGUGGAUCUUACCCAAGCGGUGGAAAAAGCUGGUGGGACCGUUUACGUUUUCAGCUCUUUACAUAGCUCGGGUGAGGAGUUAGAGAAACUCACCGGCCUUGCCUGUAUCCUGAAGUUUCCAAUUCCCGAUCUGGACGAUGAUAUAGAGUCGGAUGAUGAUUAA